AUGUCAAGCAAAGACUAUUGCGUUGCAAACAUUCCCUUGGUCAAAUAUGAGAAAUUGCUGACCAGGGAUCCUGUUGAAAUGACAAGGCUCUUUGAUGCAUGUGAGCAAUGGGGCUUCUUCUACCUCAGCCUAGAUACCGAGCAAAUGACGGAUUAUACUUUCAACGUUACUGCCCUCUUCGGAGCCGCGAAAGAAUAUUUCGCACAACCCCUGGAGGAGAAAUUGAAAGACAUGAGUAAAGAUAUACAAGUUUACAACAUCUGCGGCUAUAAGCCUAUGGGCAGCCUGGGGUUGGACGAAGGCAAUAUGAGACAGAAAAGCAAUGGCUCGGAGAACUUACGCGUUCCAAUAGAUCUAUUCUAUAAUCCCAGGGCACAGCCAAGGCUCUCUUUCCCCCGGGGAAUGCAGAAGCACGAGGUGCAGUUCGCCAGCUUUAUAAAGCAGUCUCGUGAAGUGGCCAUGAAGAUCUUGGAAAGUCUAUCUGAUCAUUUGGGGCUUGAGAGUGACCAAAGAUUUGAGAGCUUCCACAGGGUCGACGAGAUUUCCACCUCAUCAGCUGUGCUACAGCACUACCCCCGAACGAACCUCCCAGAGGGGACGAGUGCAGGGCACUUCGCCCACACUGACACAGGCAGCAUUACAGUUCUUUUCAAUACUGAAUGGGGCUUACAAGUGUUCUCCCCUAGGACUGAUAACUGGGAAUAUGUUCCUCCCCGGGACGGUUGCGCCAUUGUCAACGUCGGCGACUCCCUCAAGUUCAUCUCCCACUCCAAGCUUAAGUCAAGCCUGCACCGCGUCAUCCCUUCAAGUCCACACUGGGUUUGUGAAUCCAGAUACGCUGCCAUCUUCUUCUUGCGCGCUAGCAAUAGCGUUCAAUUCACCGACACCGAGGGCAUCCGCUGGACGGGGGCGUCUUGGCUGGAAGCCAAAUUCCAGAAUUAUCGUCGAGCACACAGCGAACAAGAAAAGAAUACCAUUUCCACUGGAAAGCUGGACUUUAGUGGGCUUUGGGACGGAGCAGAGAAUGGAGCCCUUUUGAGAGGUUCCUAA